AACUCAUAAUUAAAAACCAAUCAAUGAUAAAAUUUUCUUUAAAAUGGUUCACUUUUCGUAACCCAUUAGUUGUGGUUGUGCGAUGUCUUCAGAUGUCAUUUUUAGAUCUACCACAAGCGCAAAUUUGAACCAGAGGGUUUGCCAAGCACACGAAGAUAUAUUUUUUUGUACCGAGGAAGAAACUUGUUGUGAAAAUGGCUGUUGCACUAGUGUGAAUAAUAAAUUGUCCCUUUACCUUUGGGGUUUAUUUUUCGGUACAAUAUUCUUGAUGGUGUUGAUGUAUUACUACGCAGUAACGAAGUGUAAAACUAAAACCAACAACGACUCCUUUAGGACAAACAACGAAAUCUCAAGCUAUCACUACGACAAUUGUGUAAUUACAAGUCCAGAAUCAUAUCAAAAUGCAGGUUCAAGCUACCCCAUAACACCACCUCCUGUCUACGAAAUGGCGCUUUCUGCCCCCUUUCGCUACCCAAAUGAUAAAAUUCCCUCUUACGAAGACGUGAUGUCUGGAAAGAAUACUUCGAAGACUCUCUGGACAACUUUUAGAAAAAUAUAGUGUCGUUGUAAUUAAUGCCUUAUUUAAAUAACUGAAUUUUAACACCUCUUAUCCAAGACGCCAAAUCGUUAAACACAAAUAAAACAAAUAAGAGCAGUGACGUAACAAAAUCGACAACAUGUUUACUUUCAGUGUUUCUAAUCUAAAACGUUAAUUAGCUCUACGGAAAAAAAAAUAAAAGAACGACCCAUAAAAUCACGAAGUGACACCACGGUUCGGUGAAAUCCUCUCCUAAAUCCUAAUCUUUAUUCAUGCGAUUCCAGUCACCGCAAAAAGUGGUUUUAUAAAUAAAUAAUGAAUUCGGGCUAAGCAGUAGCUGAAAUAGCACCAACCAAUUCUUGUGAUUUCAGUUUUUGUUUUUAGAAAUGUAAUAUAAAUUAAUCACUUAUGGAAGUUUGUGAAUUAGUGCAAACACGGAAUGGACAGUCAGGAAAUUCGCAUCGUUUCUUGUGAUUCCGGGUGUUGCGUAGAUGGGUGUUGCUUUCCAGUGCCGUGGUAUAUAUGGCCGGUUAUUAUAAGUGGCACGUUAAUGGUUUUUUUAGUGGUCGUGUUGGUAUGUUCUGUCUGGAAAAUGUUCAAGCAUCAGUACAGAAAUAUUUUAAGAGGAGAUGAAGAAACCACUAACAAUCAAAGUGCCCUAAUGAACCGCCCUGAAUGCGAAACCCUCAUUUUAAUUCAUGGAAUAUAGUUUUGUGUUGAACUCAAGUUUCCGUUUGUGUCUUCUACCGUCUGUCUGAAAAAUUAAUUCACGUCAUUUCUACUACAAACAUGAUGAUGAUAGUAAUUGUAAUUAAUUAAUUUUAUUAGUUUGAAUAAAUCAUUGGAAACCUUGUA